AUGCAAUCGAAUCCCCACACAACAAUACCUCAAAGUCUUGAAGGGCGAAGUUCUGAUACGAACCGACGACAAAGCAUCGAAAGGGGAAGCUCUGCCGCACAGAGACGACAAAGCUACGAGGAAGCUCGUCUUCAGCGAAGACGUACUAUGGAAUCCGAACUUGGUGCAAUGGAAGCAGAAUCCAUAGGUGAUGCACUUCCAGAAGGGUUCAAGGGGGAAGGAUUGACAGAGAAAGCGUUUCCCGUCAUUGUGACAAAGUCUCGUAAGUACGUUCCAAUCAUAUUGAAUUUAGUUCACGGGGCGAUAUGGGGGGUGUUGGUACGGAAAGGAUUGAUACAAUUGACUACAUACAAUGGAUCUUACUUAUCUGGAGUCAUUUGGGCAAAUUUUACCGCUUGCGUAGUUAUGGGAUUGGCAGUUGAUGGUGAAGGAAUAUGGAUGGCGCUAUUGGAGAACAAAACUUAUACUGCCAAAGGUGCAAUCCCUCUAUACAUGGGUAUCACGACUGGAUUUUGCGGUACGGUAUCCUCAUUCUCAACCUUCAUAUUGGAUGCAUUCAAUGCAUCAGCCAACACCGCAAUUGGUAAGCACUAUCAAUACCCCAACAGAGCAUACGGAAUAAUGGAGUUUUUCGCUGUUGUCUUGGCACAAUUGGGGCUUUCCAUGAUGGGAUUUUACAUUGGCAAACAUCUACUGCAAGUCAUUGAUACAUACGCUGUGCCAAUGAGCGAAAAAGUUUAUCGCGCAUUGGAGUUGUUAUCAAUGGCUCUCGGCGUCUCUUUAGUCAUCAUCACUUGCUUUUUGAUCGGGUUUAAAAAUCAUGGAUCCUGGAGAAGCUGGACUUUUGCCAUGCUUUUUGCUCCCUUUGGCGCAAUACUACGGUUCUACUUGUCAAAAUAUCUCAACGCAAAAGUUAAAAAUUUCCCUAUGGGAACGUUCACCGCAAAUAUUGUAGGAACAUUGCUUCUUGCCAUUUUUACACUCAUUGGAAGAGGCAAACUUUCUCUGGGUGGAAGAAUCAAUCCACAUGAAAUGGGUUGCCAUGUUUUGAAUGGCUUAGAUGACGGGUUUUGCGGAGCAUUGACCACAGUGAGUACCUUUAUCGCGGAAUUGUUUGCGUUGAAAACACUCCACAGCUAUAGGUAUGGAAUAGCGUCGGUCGCGGUAGGUGGUCUUUCAAGCUUCAAUUAUAAUUCACUUUGUCCAACUCCAAUUCGAAUUCAUACGUUUUAUCGCACUGUACACUUUACUACCAUGUCGGAAGAAAUUCAAAUCAAAAAUGCUAGUUUAGAAGAGUUGAGGGAUGUCCUUAUCAACAAAACCAAUAACAUCGCCUUAGCUGACAGAUUUAGAGCUUUGUUCAACUUGAAAUCGAUAGGAUCAGACAGCACUGACAAGGAGUCUGCGCACAAGGCAAUCAAGUACAUUGCAGAAGCUUUUAAAGAUGAUUCUGAAUUGUUGAAACAUGAAGUUGCUUAUGUCUUGGGCCAAACUAAGGAUUUAUAUGCUGCUCCAUUCUUGAGAGAUACAUUGACAGACAAUAAGCAACAAGUUAUGGUCAGACACGAGGCAGCGGAAGCUUUGGGAGCCCUAGGGGAUGUUGACUCCUUGCCGAUUUUGGAAGAUUAUUACAAGAACGACCCAUCAUUGGAAAUCAAACAAACUUGUGAACUCGCCAUUGAAAGAAUCAAGUGGGAAAAUUCCGAGCUAGCCAAAACUGAAAAAUUGGAGAAAUCAUUGUAUGAAUCGAUUGAUCCUGCGCCUCCAUUAGCCACUGACUCCAACACAUCUGCGGUUGAAAAACUACAGGACAUUUUGAAUGACCAGGAGAAACCAUUGUUUGAGAGAUACAGAGCCAUGUUUAGAUUGAGGGAUAUUGGAACCGAUGAAGCUUGUCUUGCGUUGGCAUCUGGGUUCACUGAUCCGAGCGCGUUGUUUAAGCAUGAGAUUGCUUAUGUUUUUGGUCAAUUGUGCAAUCCAGUCACUGUGCCAUCGUUGAUCAAAGUGUUGAAAGACGAAAAGGAAGCAGGCAUGGUCAGACAUGAGGCAGCUGAAGCUUUGGGAAGUAUCGCUACCGACGAAUGUUUACCCGUGUUGAGAUCUUUCCUCAACGAUCAGGAACAAGUUGUGAGAGAUUCUGCCAUUGUUGCUUUGGACAUGUACGAGUACGAAAAUUCAAACGAGUUGGAGUACGCAACUGUAAAUUAG